ACUUGCGGGACCGGGCCGGGGCCGCGCCGUUGGGGAGCGGGCCCCGCGGGGCUGGCCGGGCGGGGCAGGAGCCGCCGCGGAGCCUUCGGGCCGCCGCGACCAUGUCGGACCAGGCGCCCAAAGUUCCCGAGGAGAUGUUCCGGGAGGUCAAGUACUACGCGGUGGGCGACAUCGACCCGCAGGUCAUUCAGCUUUUGAAAGCCGGGAAAGCCAAGGAAGUGUCCUACAACGCGCUAGCCUCACACAUCAUCUCGGAAGACGGGGACAAUCCCGAAGUGGGGGAAGCGCGGGAAGUCUUCGAUCUCCCUGUCGUAAAGCCUUCCUGGGUGAUCUUGUCCGUGCAGUGUGGAGCUCUCCUGCCAGUUAAUGGUUUUUCCCCGGAGUCGUGUCAGAUAUUUUUUGGAAUCACUGCCUGCCUCUCUCAGGUGUCACCUGAGGACAGAAGCGCUCUGUGGGCCAUGCUGACCUUCCACGGAGGGAGCUGCCAGCUGAGCCUCAACAAGAAGUGCACCCACCUGGUGGUUCCAGAGCCCAAGGGGGAGAAGUACGCGUGUGCGCUGAAGAGAGCGGGUAUCAGCAUCGUGACCCCCGACUGGGUGCUGGACUGCAUCUCGGAGAAGGCCAAGAAGGACGAGGCGCUCUACCAUCCUCGGCUCAUUAUUUAUGAGGAGGAGGAGGAGGAGGAGGAGGAGGAGGUAGAAAAUGAGGAGCAAGACUCCGCAAACGAGGCCAGUAGCGACGAGAAGUCGAGCCCCGCCAGUUCUCAGGGAGGCUCCCCUGCAGGUGACCCGCAGUUUUCACCCAAAGCGAACGCCGAGAAGUCCCAGGGGGAGCUGAUGUUCGACGAUUCUUCAGAUUCCUCCCCCGAAAAGCAAGAGAGGAACUUAAACUGGACCCCGGCGGAAGUGCCCCCGCUGGCGGCCGCCAAGCGCCGGCUGCCGCCCGGCAAGGAGCCCGGCCUCAUUAACCUGUGUGCCAACGUGCCGCCGGUCCCGGGGGGCGUCCUGCCUCCCGAGGUCCGCGGGAGCCUGGUGGCCCCGGGACAGGCCCUCCCGGGCUCCGAGAGGCCCGAGGCGAUGGCCGCCUGGAGCCCGGCCGUGCGGACGCUGCGGAACAUCACCAACAGCGCCGACAUCCCGCAGAUGAGCCGGCCCCCCAACGUGGCCCACAUCUUGCAGUCCCUUUCGGCCCCAACGAAAAGUUUAGAACAGCAGGUGAAUCACAGCCAGCAGGGCCACUCGAACGCCGUGCUGUUCAGCCAAGUAAAGGUGACCACGGAGCCACAUCUGCCCCAGCCACCACCACACCCCGUCCUGCACCUGCCACCCCAGCAGGCGGUGCAGCUGCAGCAGCAGCUGCCACACGCCGCACAGCAACCUUACCCGCCGCAGGCCCUCCCCCAGCACCCGUUCCCGCAGCAGCCGCUGCACCGCCCCCCGCAGCAGCCGCAGCCCCUCCCACAGCAGCUGCAGCCCCUCCCGCAGCAGCAGGCCCUGCAGCAGCAGCUGCACCAGCUGCAGCAACAGCAGCUUGCACAGUUUCAGCAGCAGCAGCUCGCACGCCUGCACCAGCAGCAGCAGACGCAGACCCAGGCGCCCCAGGCCCUCCAGCACCAGCCGCCGCCCCCGCAGCCCCCACCGACGCAGCACCAGCACCAGCUGUUUGGACACGACCCAGCAGUGGAGAUUCCGGAGGAAGGCUUCCUCCUGGGCUGUGUGUUUGCCAUUGUGGAUUAUCCGGAGCAGAUGUCCGACAAGCAGCUGCUGGCCACCUGGAAAAGGAUAAUCCAGGCGCACGGAGGGGCCGUGGACCCCACGUUCUCCAGCCGCUGCACACACCUCCUCUGCGAGAGUCAAGUCAGCGGGCUCUUUGCGCAGGCGAUAAAGGAGAGGAAGAGGUGCGUCACGGCUCACUGGCUGAACGCCGUCCUGAAGAAGAAGCGGCUGGUGCCGCCCCACCGCGCCCUGCACUUCCCCGUGGCCUUCCCGCCCGGCGGGAAGCCCUGCUCCCAGCACAUCGUCUCUGUGACUGGCUUCGUCGACAGCGACAGGGACGACCUGAAGCUGAUGGCUUACCUGGCAGGGGCCAAGUACACGGGCUACCUCUGCCGCAGCAACACGGUCCUCAUCUGCAAAGAACCAACGGGUUUAAAGUAUGAAAAAGCCAAAGAGUGGAGGAUCCCGUGCGUGAACGCCCAGUGGCUGGGAGACAUCCUUCUGGGGAACUUCGAGGCGCUCCGGCAGAUCCAGUGUGGGCGCUACACAGCCUUCAACCUGCAGGACCCCUUUGCUCCGACUCCACACUUGGUUCUCAACCUCCUGGAUGCUUGGAGAGUUCCCUUGAAGGUGUCAGCAGAGCUGUUGAUGGGUGUCAGACUACCUCCUAAGCCGAAGCAGAACGAAGUAACGAAUAUCCAGCCUUCUUCCAAAAGAGCCAGAAUUGAAGAUCUACCACCUCCCACCAAGAAGCUAACACCGGAAUUGACCCCCUUCGUGCUUUUCACUGGAUUUGAGCCUCUUCAAGUUCAACAGUAUAUUAAGAAGCUCUACAUCCUUGGCGGGGAGGUUGCCGAGUCUGCGCAGAAGUGCACCCACCUCAUCGCCAGCAAGGUGACGCGCACGGUCAAGUUCCUGACGGCCAUCUCCGUGGUGAAGCACAUCGUGACCCCCGAGUGGCUGGAGGAAUGUUUCAAGUGUCAGAAGUUUAUUGACGAGCAGAACUACCUGCUGCGCGACGCCGAGGCCGAAGUGCUCUUCUCCUUCAGUCUGGAAGAGUCCUUGAGGAGGGCGCACCUGGCUCCGCUCUUCAAGGCGAAAUAUUUUUACAUCACUCCUGGAAUUUGCCCGAGCCUCUCGACCAUGAAAGCGAUUGUGGAGUGCGCAGGGGGGAAAGUGCUGUCCAAACAGCCGUCUUUCCGGAAACUCAUGGAACACAAGCAAAACAAGAGUUUGUCAGAAAUAAUUUUGAUAUCCUGUGAGAAUGACCUCCACUUGUGUCGAGAGUAUUUUGCCCGAGGAAUAGAUGUUCACAAUGCAGAGUUUGUUCUAACUGGAGUGCUCACACAGACGCUGGACUAUGAAUCAUAUAAAUUUCACUGAGGCACCUGCACAGGUGACUGGAGCCCAGCCCGUGGUCUGGAGGCGUCGGCGGCCGCUACUCCCUUCAGACGUCCUUGUUUUCCAGCUGCUUUCUUCUGGGAUGAGCAUUUUAAAGCAGGAAGACAAAUAGUAAAUAUACUGCAUCUCAUUGAGAUGUGUAAUUUUAUUCCGAGAAAAACAUAAAUUAUGUUUUGUAUUAUAGGAUUUUAAAAGCCCACAUUAGGUUUUAUGAUUCCCUUGUCAGGUUUUUAAAUGUUUUCACAACACUGUUAACGGAAUUUCAGCUGCGAAUAAGAUGGUGUACAUAAAGAUCUUGCUCUCUCUAAAUUAUGGAUGUUAAAGAUUUGAGAUGUUUUGUACUUUUAUUUUUAUUUCUUAUACUUGUUUCUUUUAUAUUGAUAUCUUGCCCAGUUUUGAAAAAUAAAUGUACUUUUGAACUUUA